AUGACCGACCUAGCACCAUCCCCCGGCGUCUUCCAGCGCGCAACCGAAACCGCCCUCUACCUCCGCACGAAUCUCCCAGAAGAGCUCCGCAACCCACGCGUAGCUAUUGUCUGCGGCUCCGGUCUCGGUGGACUUGCGGAGACGAUACACCCAGAGCCGAGAGUUGAGACGGCGUACGCGAACAUACCAAACUUCCCACAGAGUACAGUAAAAGGACAUGCGGGCAAGCUCGUCUUUGGCCUCAUAGGGCCUGCUGAGAUGCCCACCGUGUUGCUUGUUGGCAGAGCGCACUUCUACGAAGGCCACACAAUGGAGCUUGUCACAUUCGCGACCCGAGUCUGCAAGGUCCUGGGCGUAGAAACCAUGAUCGUCACAAAUGCAGCUGGAGGACUCAACCCAGAUUACGCAGUCGGAGAUAUCGUGUGCCUGAACGAUCACCUCAACCUCGCGGGGCUCGUAGGCAACCACCCCCUCCUCGGCCCUAACAUCGACGACUUCGGUGUCCGCUUCCCGCCCCUCUCCGACGCCUACGACCUCGACCUGCGGCGACGCGCGCAUCUCGCAUGGAAGAAGCUUGGGCUCGACAAGCAGAAACGGCGGCUGCACGAGGGUGUCUAUGCUUUUGUUUCCGGGCCCAGCUAUGAGACCCGGGCUGAGUGUCGCAUGCUGCGGACACUUGGUGCGGAUCUGGUGGGCAUGUCAACGGUACCGGAGAUUAUUGUUGCGAGGCACUCGGGUAUACGGAUACUGGCGUUUAGUCUGGUGACGAACAAUGCUGUUUUAGAGGCGGGCGCGAGGGGGGAUGAUGAGGAGAUUCAGGGGAUGAGCAGUGCGGAGCUGGAGGAGUAUCUUGGCAGGGGAAGGGCUAACCAUGAGGAGGUGUUGGAGGAGGGGAGACUUGCGGCGGAGGACAUGCAGGCACUAGUGAAACAGAUCAUGUCCGAUCUUUGCUCCACAUAG